GUGAAACCAUAAGGACGCUCAAGACACUGUGGUUCUGUUUCUAUGAUAACACCUUCACUGCCUAUGUGAACGUUGCACUUGAAACACUUGGAAACUACAGUACUUGGAGGAAAACCGAUGAAAAUUUAUCUCAACAAUAAAGGUGGAUUCUGAUCAAGAGAUCAAGCUGCAAACCGAAAACAAGAAGAGAAUUUUUUGCACAUUUUCUCCUGUUUCCAGCUUCUGGAUCAAUCACACUUGAGCAGUUGCUCCAUCUGGCUGGCUGUGGAUGCCAAGACUGAGGACCGCAGCCAAUAAUAAAGCAGAGCCGGUGUGUUUCUGGCCUCUUGGAGGAUUUUGAAAAUUAACGAUUUGUUUAUCUUAUAUCUGCGCUGGACUCCCAGUCACAUGGUGACAAUCCCAGAUGGUCAGAUUCUGUGGAGUUCAACGCUUCACAGAUUCUCCAGCAUAAGAAUUACUGCGCUUCAAAGACAACACCUUUAAAAGAUUGAACUCAAAACCUUUUUUUGGCUGUUGGUAGUGUUGUAAGGAAAACCCAAAUGCUUUCAUUCUUUCUUUUAUUUAACCCAGCCAUGAUUCACUCCAGCAAUCACAACAGCCCCACCUAGGGGCAGGGAAGAGAAAUCACCAUCUCUAAAGAGAUUUAAAAAAAAUCAACUUUAAGAAAAAUCGUCCCACUUUAUUAUGAGUGAUGAUAAUUCAGACUCCGCUCCCAGCAAUGACACAGGGGGCGGGGUGGGCAGGACUGAGGAAGAGGAGGAGGCAAGGCGAGGUGCCAGCUCUCCAGGCCUCAGUGGGGGGUCCUCCUCUGACACCAACUGCGAGAGAGGGACUGCCCCAGGGGGCGUGUCCAAGACCCGCGGCUCCACCAGGGCCCCUCAGGGCGCCAGCUUGGACGACAUGGACGCCCACUCCAGUGGAAACGACUCUGGAGAGAGGGAGAGUGAGGGCCGCAUGGGACGGGAAGCCUCCAGAGGGAGGCAGUCCACAUGCAGCUCCCAGUUCUCCUCCAGCCACAACGGGAAGGACUCCGCCAUGCUCCUGGAGACGACGGAGAGCAACAAGAGCUCCAACUCGCAAAGCCCGUCGCCCCCCAGCAGCUCGGUGGCGUACAGCCUGCUGAGCGCCAGCUCGGAGCAGGACCACCCCUCCACCAGCGGCUGCAGCAGCGAGCAGUCGGCGCGCCUGCAGACCCAGAAGGAGCUGCUACAGGCCCUGAAGGAGCUCAAGAUCCGGGUCCCCACAGAGAGGAAGGGGAAGGGAGGCUCCAGCACCCUGGACGCGCUCAAGUACGCGCUCAAAUGCGUCAAACAAGUGCGAGCCAAUCAGGAGUACUAUCACCAGUGGAGUGUGGAGGAGACUCACGGUUGCAGUCUGGAUCUCUCCACCUUCACCAUCGAGGAGCUGGACAACAUCACCUCCGAAUACACCCUCAAAAACACAGACACCUUCUCCGUGGCUAUCUCCUUCAUCUCAGGGAGGGUGGUGUACAUCUCACCACAGGCCUCCUGCUUGCUGCGCUGCAAGCCGGAGCGCCUCCAGGGGGCGCUGUUCUCUGAGCUGCUGGCCCCCCAGGACGUCAGCACCUUCUACAGCAACACAGCACCCUGCCGCCUGCCUCUGUGGUCCGCUUGCACCGGCGCGGCCGCCUCCCCGGUGGACUGCACUCAGGAGAAGCCCAUGUUCUGCCGGAUCGGCGGGGGGCGCGAGUACGAGGGGGGGGUUCGCUACUACCCCUUCCGCCUGACGCCCUACCAGCUGACGCUGCGCGACUCGGACGUGUCCGACCCCCAGCCCUGCUGCCUGCUCAUCGCCGAGAGAGUGCACUCUGGAUACGAGGCUCCUCGCAUACCUGCAGACAAGAGGAUCUUCACAACCAGCCACACCCCCAACUGCCUGUUCCAGGAGCUGGAUGAGCGGGCGGUGCCGCUGCUGGGUUACCUCCCUCAGGACCUGGUGGGGACACCUGUGCUGCUUUACCUGCAUCCUGAUGACAGGCCUAUCAUGGUGGCCAUCCACAAGAAGAUCCUGCAGUUUGCUGGCCAGCCCUUCGAGCACUCCCCCCUGCGUAUGUGUGCCCGGAGUGGAGAGUACCUGACCAUCGACACCAGCUGGUCCUCCUUCGUCAACCCCUGGAGCCGCAAAGUGGCCUUCAUCGUGGGCCGGCACAAAGUCCGCACGAGCCCUCUGAACGAGGACGUGUUCACCCCUCCGCGGGGCGUGGAGGGGCGCGUGAUGGUGCCGGAGAUCCACCAGCUGAGCGAGCAGAUCCACCGGCUCCUGGUGCAGCCGGUGCACUCGGGCAGCUCACAGGGCUACUGCAGCCUGGGCAGCAACGGGUCCCACGAACCGCACCCCAGUGCCGCCUCGUCCAGUGACAGCACGGGCGCCACCGCUGACGAGCCCGCCCCGCUGCACAAGCCUAUGACCUUCCAGCAGAUCUGUAAGGAUGUCCACAUGGUGAAAACCAAUGGUCAGCAGGUCUUCAUCGAUUCCCGCAACAGACCCCCACCCCGAAAACAGUCCAGCACAGCCGUGCAGAAGACAGUUCAGUGUUCGGAGGCGAUGAAUCUGGCUAGAGGGGGGCUGAAGGAGGAUGCGGCGCCGCUGAAAGCUGUGACCCCCCCUCACCCAGUGAGGAAGGAAGCAGCCCCCGCCUACUCCUACCAGCAGAUCAACUGCCUGGACAGCAUCAUACGCUACCUGGAGAGCUGCAACGUUCCAAACACGGUGAAGAGGAAGUGUGGGUCGUCUUCGUGCACUACGUCGUCCACCUCUGAUGACGACAAGCAAAAGGAAGUGCCCGGGACCCCCAAAGCAGUGACUCUGGGCGCUGAAGCAGAGCCGAAAGGCAGCCCCCAGGGCCCGGCACACCCCCUGACCCCCCUGGCUCUGCACUCGAAGGCAGAGAGCGUGGCGUCCGUCACCUCGCAGUGUAGCUUCAGCAGCACCAUUGUCCACGUCGGGGACAAGAAGCCCCCGGAGUCAGACAUCGUGAUGGAGGAGACAACCCCAACGGCAACCCCUGCCCCUCUCACCCCGCCGCCCACCGUGGUGGCCCUGCCAGCGCCGGCCCCGCCCAGCCCUGCGGCCCCCGAGCGAGACGGGCGGAGGGCCGGCGUGGGGCGCGUGGGGCUGACGAAGGAGGUGCUGCUGGCCCACACCCAGCAGGAGGAGCAGGCCUUCCUGGGCCGCUUCCAGGACCUGAGCCAGCUGCGCGUGUUCGACCCCAGCUCCGCCCUGCACGCGCACGCCGCACAGCGCCGCCACACCGCCACGCCCUUCGCCAAAGGAGUGCGCAGUUCCCGGGAUUAUCCUGCAGCAGGCAGCAGUGGGCGCAGACGGGGCAGGGGUGGGAAGAGACUGAAGCACCAAGAGGGUUCGAUCCAGGGUCUUCCUAUGAGGCGGGGGGGCACUCUCUCUGGCUCUGCUGUUGGCCUAGAGGCCAGUGCAGAGAGGCGCGCGGCCCCCCCUUUCCCUGCCGCCCACCACCUUCCCCUGGGCCCCCAGACGUCCUCCUCCUCCUGGCCCCCCUCUGUAGGGUCACAGGCCAGCCUCCCCUCCGUGCCGUACCACCCGGGGGUCCUGCCCCUCUACCCCCUCUAUCCCCCUCUAGCCCCACACCUGGCACACACUGGUCCUGACACGGGCUUCUCUCCCAACCAGCAGUCCCCCCCUCGAUACCCCCUUCAGACACCGCAGCUCCCCCCUCCGCUGGUGCCCCCGAUGAUGGCUUUCGUUCUUCCCAAUUAUAUGUUUCCCCAACCCCACCCCGCCAUGACUCAACUUAACCCGGCCAUGACUCAACUUAACCCGGCCAUGACUCAGCUCAACCCCGCCAUGACUCAGCUAAACCCCGCCAUGACUCAGCUAAACCCCGCCAUGACUCAGCUAAACCCCGUCAUGACUCAGCUAAACCCUGCCAUGACUCAGCUGAAUCCUGCUAUUUCACAGCAGUUUUAUAAUCCAAACCCUGCGUUUCCCUUCCUCAGUCCUGCACCCGUACCCACUAACCCCCUAUUGCCCUCCACCGCCACCCCGACACAACGGCCCCCAUCACGCUCCAGCACCCCCCACUCCGGUAGCCCUCCUCCCCCUGAAAGAGAGGGUGUGGACUCGCCCCUCUUCCAGUCCCGAUGCUCCUCUCCCCUCAACUUACUUCAGCUGGAAGAGUCGCCUAGCAACCGACUUGAGGUCCCGUCAGCUCUGACCGCUCCCCAGCAGACCCCUCCCCCAGUUGGGGAAGUGUCACCAGACUGGACAGGGAAGCAGGGAGGCGGGGCUGGAGGGCAGCCCUCAGCCACCCGAAACAGCACAGCUGCAGACUCAAAAGAGAAUGAGAACGCCGAAGCAAAUGAGUCAUCCAAUCAGGAUGCCAUGUCCACCUCCAGUGACCUCCUGGACCUGCUGCUCCAAGAGGACUCCCAAUCAGGCACAGGCUCGGCCGCCUCAGGCUCGGGGUCCUCAGGCUCCAGGUCGGGGUCCUCAGGCACCGGUUCGAAUGGAUGCAGCACAUCAGGAAGUGGCACCAGAAGCAGCAGCAAUACCAGCAAGUACUUUGGCAGUAUCGACUCCUCUGAGAAUGACCACACCCGGAAGCAGCCCGCAGGGGGAGCUGGUGAGGAGCAGUUCAUGAAGUAUGUCCUGCAGGACCCCAUCUGGCUGCUCAUGGCCAACACCGACGAGAAGGUGAUGAUGACCUACCAGCUGCCUGUCAGGGACCAGGAGGAGGUGCUGCGGGGGGAUCGGGCGGCUCUGCGGGCCAUGCAGAAGCACCAGCCGCGCUUCACUGAGCCACAGAAGAGGGAGCUGAGCAAAGUGCAUCCCUGGAUCCGCACCGGCCGCCUGCCCCAGGCCAUCGACAUCACGGCCUGCGUGGAGUGUGGCUCACCCCCCUCGGUGCCGGAGACUGCCCCGUUUGACGUGGAGCUCCACGACAUGGAGCUGAGCGCUGUGCUCCAGCCGCCCGAGGAGGGUGUGCAGCAGAAGACACCCGACAGCUCCACCGCUCUGGCUCCACCCGAAACUGCCAUGGAGGAGGAGGAGAAAGAGGAGGAAGAUCAGAGGGAAGGAGCUGCUGCUGGAACCACCCACUCAAAUGACCAGGAAAUGACAACGGAGGAGCAGGAAGUGACCUCACAGACAGUAGAGGAGAAAGGCACUGGCCUGUCUGUAAUGGCUCACUGAAGUGGAGUUACGGUUUUGUGUUUCAACCACAUCUGACUCAUAUACACAUGCGCACACACACACACACACAACCCCGCACACAGUGGGCACAGGUGGGAAGGCGUAUGUGAGGGGGGGAAGGGCUUAUUUAAAAUGGUCUCAAGUGAAGCCCACAACCCCCCAGGACAGCAAUCAGAGGGAAGCCAGUCAGUGUGACAGGUUAUCUGUGAAUGACACACUCAGUGUGACAGGUUAUCUGUGAAUGAUAUAGUCUGUGUUCCAGUGUGACAUGCUGUGUUAUGACGCAGAUAUACAGUGUCAAGGACUCUGCAGUGCUUCAAAAUGCGUUCCUCUUCUUUUAACAUAAAAUCAGAGAGGAGAAACGGCAACCAAGACAAAAAACUGCAGUUCUUUUGAAACUGGGUGGAUAGAUAUUGAGGGGAAGAAAGGUGUAUUUUUUAAGAAGCGGUUGAAAACGUUUUCUUAGAUGUUAGUAUAUUCUGAUGGCACAAACCCAGAAGUUUGUAAUUGCUACCUUCCCCUUACAUGUUGUAUUUAAUGCAAAGAUAAUGUGUUUGUAAUGAAUGAUCCUAUCUACAGAAGGACAAAGAAUGUAAUUUUGCAUACACACACACACACACCCCCCACCCUAAGGCCUUCCCCCAUCCCAUUGCAGGAAGAACCCUGCAUUUCAGGGCUGCAUCAUUUACCUGGAAUGGGGGUGUAUGCUACACUACAAAUGACAUAUUCAACAGUUCAUGCAGAAAACUUUGUUACAGAUAUUUUUCAGUUAUUGAGAUGGGAUCACGUAUGUUGUGUGCUGAAAAACUUUGUAAAGUAGUUUGUUAAAAAAAUGUAUAAUUUGUAAAUGUCACUUGGAUCAGUCCAAACUUCAGACCAAAUUUUGUGUUUUUGUUUGUUUUUUGAUACAGUACAUUUAUUUUUUGUACAUUGUUUUUCAUAGGCUGUCUGCUCAGUAUUUGUAUGUGUUGUGAUGUGUUUAAUAUUUGGCCACAGAUCGUGACAAAAAAAAAAAAUUAGCAGACAAAACAAACUCCCGACUUUCACAGGAGUGGAAACAGGCGUUCCCAUGGUAACGACAUUUUUGGAGCCAGAUUGUUGCUGAUUGGUCCGGGUUGAUGAAGAGAUUGGACCCUUGAAAGACUGAGGGGGUGGGGUGAUUUGUUGGCUGAGCUGUGCAAGGACACUAUGGAAAGUGGGCCUAGGGAUUUGCCUAUUGGCCAAUAAGAUGAAAAGCAGGACAGAGGCCUCCUGUUGCUCGUGGCUGGCUAGAGGUGGGCGCUACCAUGGAAACCCAAAGCCUCAUCUUGGAGGUGGGCACCUGUGGCUUUAUUUCCAUGGCACCCGGACAGUGCUGGAGGAGGAGACUCUGGCUGUGAUGUCCCCCUCUGUUGGCAGAUGGAUCCCCUUGCAGCAGCAGGC